AUGGAUUUGGAGAUUUGCGCUUUGGAAUCUAACCUCUUAAAUAUUGUACUUGUUUGCGUCUAUAGACCACCAGGUGGUGAUUUUAAUAAGUUUAUUGAUGUAUUUGUUAAUUUACUAACAAUACUUAAUAAUUCUGAAAAAAAACUUAUUAUUAUGGGUGAUUUUAAUAUUAACUUUAAUGUAGUAAAUGCUAGACAAUUGGAACUUCUGGAUCUAUUAGGGACUUUUGAUUUAAAUAAAACUAUAUUUGAAAAUACCAGAAUUAAUUCGUGUAUUGACAAUAUUUUUACAAACGUUUUACCUGAUUUUUACGAUAGCUUUGUUUAUGAUCCCGGUUUAUCAGAUCAUGCCUCAGUUAAUUUUCAUUUUGUAUUAUCAUUUAUUGAUAAUCCAAUAUCAACUAAAACUAUAACUCCUAUUACCCAAAGAGGUCUACAUUUAUUUUAUAAUUAUAUUUUAAAUCAAGAUUGGAGUUUUGUUACAAGCAAUUUUGGUAUUAAUGAUAAGUUUUCUUUGUUUUUAGAUAUAUUACAGGAGGGUAGUAAAUUUGCUUUCCCAUCCAAAAAUAUUCGGGUAAGGGGCAAUAAUUCACACACCAAUAAAUGGGAUGCUUAUAAGUAUACUGGAGACCCUUAUGCAUUUACUGAGCUUAAACGUUUAAAGCGUGAAUAUAGAUCAGAUAUUAAAACAGCCAAACGAGAUUUAAAUAAUAGUUUUAUUGCCAAUGCCAAUAACAAAUGGGAAUAUCCCUUAAGCCUUAAUAUUUCCAGGGUUUUACCUUUGCAUAAGAAGGGCGACAUUAAUGAACUUAAUAACUAUAGGCCAAUUUCAAUAACACCUAUUUUAAGAAAGAUUUUUGAGAAGGCAUUGGCAAAACAAGUUGCAAUUUAUUUUGAAACGUUUAACCUUUUUUCAACGUCACAGUAUGGUUUUCGACAAAACUUAUCUACAAGUAUUGCAGUAAGUCACCUAGCCGAGUUCAUAUGUGGCUCAUUUGAGGAGGGAAGUUUUGCGGGUACUGUUUUUUGUGACUUGUCAAAGGCUUUUGACUGCGUUUCAAGGAAAAUCCUGCUUGAACGAUUGAAAAUGUAUAAUUUCUCAGAUAUUGCUGUGUCACUGAUGUCGUCUUUUUUAUCGAAUAGAUAUCAAAUGGUCCAAGUUAACAAUACAGUAUCUGACGUUUUACCUUUGAAUCUUGGAGUACCUCAAGGCUCGGUUCUUGGACCGAUUUUUUUUUUAAUCUUUAUUAAUAGCCUACCAGUGGAUCUACCGGCUUUAAAAUUAUUUUUAUUUGCUGAUGAUACAACAGCAGUGGUAAAAAAUAAAUCAUUUGAGAAUGUAAGUCUGAAAAUGCUUGAAACCCAGUCAAAAUUAAGCUCAUGGUUUGCUUGUAACGGAUUGUGCUUAAAUUUGGAAAAGACAAAGACCUUCUACUUUUCUCUGCGUCAGCUUCCGUGCCCCAACGAAAUAGAUUCAGUUGUUUUUCUGGGUGUAAGGCUUGAUUCGGGGCUGACUUGGGCUGCACACGUAGAUGAUGUGUCAAGGUCUUUGUCUUCAUGUGUAUAUUUGCUGAGGCGCCUAAGCUUGAUGGUCUCAGAAAAUGUCCUAAAAUGUGCCUACUUUGCUUUGUUUCAUUCAAAAAUGAGCUACGGAAUUCUGGUUUGGGGACAUUCCUCUCAUAGCCAACGUAUAUUUGGACUCCAAAGAAAAGUUGUACGUAUUCUAAAAAGGAUAAACUAUAGAGAUGAUUGCAAAGCUGCCUUUCGGGAGUUGGGCAUUUUAACAUUACCCUGUACAUAUGUAUUAAAUUGUUUGUUAUAUGUUAGAAGUAAUUUGCAUUUGUUUAAUACCCGAAGGCAAGAAAGUAGUGUCAAUAUGCGAAACUCUGGUGAUAUUCAUUUAAAUUUUCAUAGACUUAACAGAAGCCGAAAUGGCAUAAAUUAUUAUGGUCCAAUGUUUUUUAAUAAACUUCCACAGUCCUAUGUCAACGAUAAAAUCCUAUUCAAGAAGUCAGAGACCAAACAAAUUAAAUUCGAAGUACCCCAAGGAUCGAUACUUGGGCAUGCACUAUUCCUAACUACCAGUAAUGACUUGUCAAAUUCUAGUAUUGCUCGAGCAGCAAAGGAGAAUAAUGAGUCUGCACUAAAUGAGUUUACGAUCGCGUAUUUUCACGAUUCACAAAUAUUGCCGUGCCAGACAAUAAAGUUAAUGCAGAAAAUUAUAAUGGAGCUGAACCAGCCAUAUUUUGUUAUUUACCACCGUUCGGACGGUUUCAAAGUUGGCUGUGAUUGGUCGCGGGCAACAUUUAGUCCAGAUGGUCAGUACGUAGCUGUGGGAUCUGUCGAUGGCAGCGUGUAUAUAUGGAAUGUGGUCAGUUCAAAAAACGAAACAAUACUCAAAGACCAUUCGUGA